GACUGAAAAAAAUGAAGGAACUGUGCAGCAAUGCGACCGUGGCUUGGUAGAGAGUUGAAAACGCGCAUGCGCCUGCACCUAUAAGUAGUCCUGCCGCCCAGUCGCCACCAGCACACACCAAGAGAUCGAGAAACCAAUCCAGAGUUCAGCCUCCUGAAGCAAGUUUUAUAAUACUCCAGUUAGCUCACAGACCAUGGUCAUGGUCAUGGGUAGUCCGUCCAUGAAGGGUCUUGUUGCUAGCCUUACUACGUUCUCCAUCCUGCGGGUGUGCUUGAUCAUCAGUGCCGCCGCCGGCGGCCCGGCCAAGAUGGUGAGGCUGGUGCCGGCGAUGUACGUGUUCGGGGACUCGACGCUGGACGUGGGCAACAACAACUACUUGCCGGGGCCGAACGUGCCCAGGGCCAACAUGCCCCUCAACGGCGCCGACUUCCCCGGCGGCGCCCGGGCAACGGGGCGGUUCAGCAACGGCUACCACGUCGCCGACUUCACCGCAAUCAAACUGGGACUGAAGGAGAGCCCGCCGGCGUAUCUGUCGCUGGCGCCACGCCCCACCGCCUUGCUCCUCAGCGCUCUCGCCACAGGCGUGAACUAUGCUUCUGCCGGAGCCGGCAUCCUGGACUCCACCAACGCGGGGAACAACAUCCCGCUGUCGAGGCAGGUACGGUACAUGGAGUCGACCAAGGCCGCCAUGGAAGCCAGUGUGGGCAAAGCCGCGACGCGCGUCCUGCUCUCGAGGUCCUUCUUCCUCUUCAACAUCGGCAACAACGACCUCUCCGUGUUCGCGGCCGCGCAGCCAGCGGGCGACGUCGCCACGCUCUACGCCAGCCUCGUCUCCGGCUACUCCGCCGCCAUCACGGACCUGUACGCCAUGGGCGCGAGGAAGUUCGGGAUCAUCAACGUGGGGCUGCUGGGCUGCGUGCCGACAGUGCGGGUGCUGAGCGCGACGGGCGCCUGCAACGACGGGCUCAACCUGCUGUCGGCCGGCUUCAACGACGCGCUCAGGUCCCUCCUGGCCGGCCUCGCCGCCCGGCUGCCGGGCCUCGACUACUCCCUCGCCGACUCCUACAACCUCACGCAAGUCACCUUCGCCAACCCAGCGGCAUCCGGGUACGUGAGCAUAGACAGCGCGUGCUGCGGGAGCGGAAGGCUGGGUGCGGAGAGCGACUGCCUGCCUAACUCCACGACGUGCGCCGACCACGACCGCUUCGUCUUCUGGGACCGGGGCCAUCCCUCGCAGCGGGCCGGAGAGCUGACCGCCGCCGCCUUCUUCGACGGAGCGGCCGGCUUCACCGCGCCCAUCAGCUUCGACCGGCUGGCCCGCAAGGUUUAGCUAGACUGCUCCACACGCGCAUGGAACUAGAGCUGCUGCUGCUGCUGGCAGCUGGCUAGCUUAGCUAGGCUGCUAUUCGUGCACGUCGCGUUCAUCUACUUGUUAUUUACAGAUAAAGCUACAGAGUCUGGUUGAUUGAUUAGUCUCUCGCAACAAAGUCUGAAAGCGAAAUGUGUAAGCACGGUCAGGAAUCUGUUUCCGUUCUUGCGAAGAAACCAAUAAUGAAUGCAGACGCCGGGCAUACAUCUUC